AUGAUAUUGUGCUCUUGCAGAACAGAAAUAGUCAUUCGACCUAGUGUUUCCCCUUGGGGUGCACCGGUAUUAUUUGUGAAGAAGAAGGAUGGAAGCAUGAGGCUUUGUAUUGAUUACAGGCAGUUGAACAAGGUGACAUUGCGUAAUCGAUAUCCUUUGCCUCGAAUUGACGACUUGUUUGAUCAGUUGAAGGGUGCCAAGUACUUUUCCAAGAUUGAUCUGAGAUCGGGAUAUCAUCAACUCAGAGUACGGGAAGAUGAUAUUCCCAAGACAGCAUUCAGAACUCGUUACAGCCAUUACGAGUUCUUGGUGAUGCCUUUCGGAUUGACAAAUGCUCCAGCAGCGUUUAUGGAUCUCAUGAACAGAGUGUUCCGACCUUAUUUGGAUCACUUUGUGAUUGUGUUCAUAGACGACAUCCUAGUUUAUUCCCGAACUUUGGAGGGUCAUAAAAAACAUCUGAGGCUGAUAUUAAAAACUUUGAGAAGGAAGCAGCUUUAUGCCAAGUUCAGUAAAUGUCAAUUUUGGUUGGAUAGAGUGGACUUCCUUGGACAUGUGAUAUCAGCAGAAGGAAUUUAUGUGGACCCUCGUAAGGUAGAAGCAGUCGUGAAUUGGGUGCAACCCACAAGUGUAACAGAGAUACGGAGUUUCCUAGGGUUAGCGGGCUACUAUCGUCGGUUUGUAGAAGGGUUCUAUUCGAUAGCAGCACCUCUUACUCGGUUGACGAGGAAGGAUGUUAAGUUUGAGUGGACGGAGGAGUGCGAGCAGAGUUUUCAGGAGCUGAAAAAGUGGUUAACCACCGCACCUGUUUUGGCUCUUCCGGAUAACUCGGGGAACUUUGUGAUCUAUAGUGACGCAUCUUUACAAGGCUUGGGAUGUGUUCUGAUGCAACAUGAUCGGGUAAUUGCUUAUGCCUCAAGGCAACUCAAGAAGCAUGAGCAGAAUUAUCCUGUCCAUGACUUGGAACUUGCCGCAGUGGUGUUCGCUCUCAAAAUCUGGCGGCAUUAUCUGUAUGGUGAGACGUGUCAGAUUUUCACCGAUCACAAGAGCCUCAAGUACUUUUUCACUCAGAGGGAGUUGAAUAUGAGACAGCGGCGUUGGUUGGAAUUGAUUAAAGACUAUGACUGUACGAUUGAGUAUCAUCCCGGUCGAGCUAAUGUGGUAGCCGAUGCACUAAGUAGGAAUGUUGGUGGAAGUCUAGCUCAUCUCAGAAUGGCCUAUCUUCCGUUGUUGGUAGAACUGCGGAAGGAUGGUGUGGAUUUGGAGAUGACUCCUCGGGGAGGAAUACUUGCUAGUGUGCAUGUGAGGCCUAUUCUGGUUGAGCGAGUGAUUGCAGCACAAUUGGGAGAUCCUAAUCUUUGUGUGAUAAGAUCGGAAGUAGAAAAUGGUACACGGACGGAUUAUGCAAUAAGGAAGGAUGGAGCUUUGGUGACUGGAACUCGUCUUUGUGUACCCAAGAACAAUGACGACUUGAGAAGGGAAAUCAUGGAAGAAGCUCACUGUUCUACUUACUCUAUGCAUCCGGGUAGUACUAAGAUGUAUCGGACUUUACGUGAGUACUACUCGUGGCCGCAUAUGAAGGGAGAUAUUGCUAAGUAUGUGAGCAAGUGUCUGAUUUGUCAACAACUGAAAGCGGAACGGCAGAAACCGUCCGGACUCAUGCAACCACUUCCGAUCCCUGAAUGGAAAUGGGAGCUUAUCACAAUGGACUUCGUUUUCAAACUCCCACGUACUUCAAAGGGGCAUGAUGGAAUUUGGGUGAUAGUUGACCGACUCACCAAGUCCGCCCAUUUUCUACCUAUAAAGGAAACCUAUUCCUUGUCAAGGUUGGCAAAACUUUUUGUGGAUGAGAUCGUGAGGUUGCAUGGAGCUCCUGUGUCUAUUGUAUCGGACAGGGAUGCAAGGUUCACAUCUCAUUUCUGGAAGUGUUUAAAUGAGGCUAUGGGUACUAAGUUACAUUUUAGUACUGCUUUUCACCCACAGACUGAUGGGCAGUCAGAAAGAACCAUUCAGACCUUGGAAGACAUGUUAAGGUCUUGUGUUUUACAACUGAAAGACAGUUGGGAUACUCACCUUGCAUUGGUGGAAUUCGCUUAUAACAACAGUUACCAUUCGAGCAUUGAGAUGGCUCCGUAUAAGGCUCUGUAUGGAAGAAUGUGUAGAACUCCUGUUUGUUGGAAUGAAGUGGGUGAAAGAAAGUUGGAAAAGGUAGAUAGUAUCCGAGCCACAACUGAGAAGUUAUCUCCAUGGAAGGGUGUGAUGAGGUUCGGUAAACGCGGGAAGUUAAGCCCUCGUUAUAUUGGACCUUAUGAGAUCACUGAACGCAUUGGACCAGUUGCAUAUAGACUUGCCUUACCUACAGAACUAUCUCGGAUCCAUGAUGUGUUUCAUGUAUCCAUGUUAAGGAAGUACAUGCCUGAUCCUUCUCAUGUUUUAGAGCACCAACCUAUGGAGUUGAGUGAAGAUUUGACGUACGAGGAGCAACCUGUGCAGAUCUUGGAUAGGAAGGAGCAAAGGUUGCGCUCUAGAUCCAUUCCUGUAGUGAAGGUACUAUGGAGAAGUCAAAUUGUUGAAGAGGCUACUUGGGAACCCGAGGCGCAAAUGCGGACCCAGUACCCUUAUCUCUUCAAUUGA